UCCGUUUCGUGCCUAACCCACUCCACCCCCUCCCCUCCCCAACCUCCCAGCCCUCGUUCACACCCGUCGAUAGCGAAGGGGGAACAAAGUACUUUACCCGAAACCAACCACACUACCACUACCACUACCAUUACCACCAAAACCACCACCAACUCCUCGACCACCACUACAACCCCCCCAACCUCAACGCGAACUUAACACUCAUCCUCUUCCUCCCUGCGAACAACAACAACAUCUCCAAACAUUUCGGCAAAAUUAAUUUUUCGUCUUUUUCAAAAAAAAGACAGUGAUCCUUCCGAGAUGUUGGACUCAUCGUCGCCAAAUAUCCACCACAACAAUGUGGCGGGUAUAAAACGGUUGCUUCCAGCAUUCGAGCCCACAGAGUCUCCGCCACGUUUCAAACGACAGAAACCUCGUGCCGAAGCCAUCACUGAUGAGAAUCGAUACCCGACGCCCGUGCCGUCAUCCUCAGUCGGGGUCAUCCCUUCAUCCCCUCCGCUGGCUCCGACACAGAUUGCACCAGUAGAACAUCAACAACAACAACAGCUGCAGCAGCAGGAACAACCACAGCAACAACCACAACUGGCUCCUCGGAGACCAAACCUCAGACGCACGCAGUCGACAGUAUCGGAACGUGCGCCAUUGUCUGCAGUGCCGUCCAUCACCCUCCCCGAGAACGGUCAGCCAAUAUUACUCGGCCGAUCGAGUAAUUCCUCGCACUAUAGGCUCUCGGCUAACAGGCUCAUCUCGCGGGUCCACAUCAAGGCCGUUUACCACGCUGUUACGACAACAUCGAAACCAAAGAUUGUGAUCGAGUGUCUGGGAUGGAACGGAACAAAAGUUCAUUGUCAGGGCCGCGCCUGGGAGCUUCUGAAGGACGAUAUCUUCGUCUCCGAGACGGAGCAUGAGGAGAUCAUGCUUGACGUCCAUGACUCCAGGGUAGUGCUGGCUUGGCCCAUCGUUACCCGUGCCUCGUCGUCGUUCUCCUCGACUAGUACUACCACCGCCACCGGUGGCCCGCCGACUGCUGGCGCACCCGCCAAUAGGGUUAUCAGGAGUCCGUCUCCGGAAUGGGAGGGCAACGACGAGAAUGCUAUCCCUUGGGAGGGUGCUCAGCGUAUCAGUGCCAGGGCAAAGUUGACUCCCGUCUCGCCCACGCCGAGACGUAAUGUUGGCAAUUCGUUGAAUGCGAUUGCUUCCGCAUCCAUGGCGGAAACUUUCUUGGAUAUCUACGAGGACGAACCGGAAGAAGAAGGAGAAGAAGAAGAAGGGGAGCAGGAUGAACAGGAACAGGAACAGGAACAAGAAGUCGAGGCUGAAGAUGAAGAUGAAGAUGAAGCUCAGAUUGAAUUGCCGCCGCUGGUCGAAAAGUCGACCUCCAGAUUUUCACGUUCCUACUUCAAGGAUGUUCCCGAGGCAUCGACCGACGUGGUCCAUACGGAUGAGAUUGCCCAGAGCUUCGAUUGCGAGCCAAUGCUUCCUCCCAUGUCUCUCUUCUCCACCAGAGAUCCCCUCCGACACAGGCCCAGGACGCCACCAUUGCUCACUCGCCGUGCCAGGGACACAUCUGUGACGCUGCCCCCGUCCAGUGUUGAGCGUCGUCGAAGUGCAUCGACCUCGCCCUCCAAGUACGUGACAUUGCAGAACCACCUCACCAACCAGCUUGCCUUUUCUCGCGUCAACACCAUGCCGCUGUCGGAGCUCUACGCGAACCUCCCCACCGCUCUGGCUGCUACCGUUACCAUGGAACGGGUGAAGGAGAUGCUCUUGGGAGCCGAGUGCAUCGGUGAGAUCAAGAGGAGCGGAAAGGACGCGGCCGGAAAGCCGCUCGAGAACCAGUACUACUACAUCCUGGAACAGGAUAAGGACGAUGGCAGGAAGUCUGCGGUCGGUGGAAAGGCCCGCAUGAGGAAUUGCAGGAAAGAACACAAGCAAUACUACUGGAAAAAACCAAAGAAGAUCUCGUACUAGGACCACUGGAUCCCUAAUGGUUUCUCUAACGGUCUCAUGGUGCGCUGAUGGUUUUGAUGGAUGGAUGGAUGAUGAUGGGUAAAAAAAAUAUAGGAGGAUGCUCCUUUUUUACUUUCGCAUUGCCUUACCCAUAUGCUUUUGUUUUUUUGCUUUGCUAUGCUUGGUGCUUCGAUUUUUAGCGCUUCUUUCGAUUUCUGGGCUACCAACCUCCUGUUCACUGGAGGUGGGGUUGGAUUUGCAAAGUUUGCCUGGCUCUUUUUUUCUUCUUUUCUUUUCUUUUCUUUCUUCUUUUCUCAACGAAUUGUUUUUUACUCUACCUACGUCUUUUGUUGUCUGCUUCCGUUCUAGUACGGCCGCGUCUUCUGGCUUGUGUUUCCCUUCUUCUUUGACAGAAUUAACGAUAUGCAAAGUGGCCCCCGUCGUCGUCGUUUUCACUUUCUAGUUUUGUUU